ACACACCUAUCGUCAUGGAAGAUCAUGAACGCAAGCGUGUUUUGAGUGAUAUUUCUGACAAUUUAACCACUAAUAAUAAUUUACGUGGGCUUGAUUCAGAUUACAUUCCACCGUUAAAGAAGCGUCGUGAACCAAGAGUUGGGAAUGAUACUACAUCCCAAUUUUUGUCUGGUUCAGAUUCUGAUGGACCUACCCCAAAUGAUGAGAAUAGCCCACCAAGCCCACAACCUGCACCGACCUCCUCAAAAACACACCGUUCCGCAGCCACCAAGAAGAAUUCUGAAUCGAUGGAUGAUUUGGCGAUGAAAUUAAAAAAGCUGCUGUUAUCGGACGGCAGAAGCGAGGGGAUGACACCACCUCAACUAGCAGCAAAGCUGAACGUGCCACAAAGUGAAGUGAUCAAGUGUCUUCAUGGCUUGAGUAGAAGCGGAGAAGUGAAGAGGUUGGGGGAGACAUCAUUGUGGAAGGUUGAUGGAACAAAUGGAGGAGGCCGGCUGAUUAAAUAUGAAGGGUACUUUCAAGAUUGUUCCAUCAAAUUAAAAGAAGACUCCAGGUUCUUCCGAGAUUUUGAACUGGUGUCUAUGCUAGGAGCAGGGGGCUUUGGGUGUGUUGUCAAAGCCAAACACAAGUUGGAUGGCGAAAUCUAUGCGGUGAAGAUUUUGGAGAAUACAAUAAAGGCCAGCAGGGAGAUAAAAGCACUGGCCAUGUUCAGUCAUCCGAACAUCGUUCGUUACUACACGUCUUGGGAUGAAGAAGUGACUCAGUGGAUAAAGAGUUUUGCCGACAGUAAAACUGGAAGAGACUUGUCUUGCCUGUUCAUUAAAAUGGAGUUCUGUGAAAAGGGAACCCUCAAUGACUGGAUUAAAAAAAGGAAUGAAGGAACACAAAAUACAUUUAAAACAGCUGAGGCUCUCCACAUGUUUCGCCAAAUACUCAGUGGAGUAGAAUACAUCCACUCUAAAGGACACAUUCACCGAGAUCUGAAGCCUGAAAAUGUGUUUAUUGGAGAAGAUGAGACUGUGAAGAUUGGAGAUUUUGGGCUUGUUACCAACACCACUUCUAGUCCUGUUCGUCGCACUUCAGAAACAGGAACACCGAUUUACAUGAGCCCUGAGCAGAUGACAGAGACGGAUUAUGAUGAGAAAACUGACAUUUUUCCCCUUGGACUGAUUUGUUUUGAGAUUCUGUGGAAAAUGCCCACUGUUUCAGAGAAAAUUAAGCUGUUUGAAAAUCUACGUAGACAAGUCUUUCCUGAAGACUUCAAAAACAAGUACACCACAGAGUAUCAUAUCAUCAGGAAAAUGAUCUCCAAGAACCCUAAAGAACGACCAGAUGCUAAAGAGAUUGCGAAGUACCUUGAAGAUUUCCUGCCAAAGAACCCAACUGUAUUACAACAGCAGUCUCAGUAAAACACUGCUAGCUGCUCCUGGCUAGCAUGUCCCAGGAGUCUGCACCUUCCUGCCAAAGUAAAUUCCUUGUCUGUGCAAACUUUCAUGGUGAUUAAACCCUUUU